GAUAAUAUCGCGCGCCACACGUCAACGUGAACCAAUUACACAUCGCUGCCGCCACCGCCGCAACCGUUGUCGCCGUCGGCAUCACGUUCGCGCGCACGCCUAACCUGCUGUUUACCGAUUACGUUUCCUGGGCGUAUAAUAAUACCGUUUGUGUGGGUUUUCUUUUUUUUUUUUACGCAGAACUCGGCGAACCGAUUUCCGUUUUUGCACUCGCGAGAGUAGUUUUUACAUUUAUCCGCGACGUUCUCGAAUACACCCGUACAUAGGCGACAUUAUCGCGUAUUGCGUACAUUUGUUUGUCGUUUGAUUUGACGAGCCGGUUUCCGUCGUCGUACAUGACGUGCGAGACUGUGGCCAAAUGUGCUGCGUGGUGAUCGGCACCGCCGGCAUGCAGGACAACGAUCACGAUCACCUCCACCACCAUCACAGCCGUCAUCAACAGCGCCAGCACCACCACCGCAGCAGUAGCACCAGCAGCAGCGGCAGCGGUAGCAUCAGCGGGAGUGCUCUGGCCACUUCGUCCCCAUCUUCCGCCGCCGCGGCCGCAGCAGCCGCCGUGUUCCUGCCCGUUUACGAUUUUAGCCGCCGAUACCAGGCCGCCCUGGACUCGGCGGUCAUGCAUCAGGUCGUCAGCCCGCUGGACCUGAGAGGCGUCGGCGGCGGUGCGGGCGCCGCGUCCGCCGUGAUGGUGCAGGCCGGCUCGACCGCGGCGUCCGCGUCGCCGCCGUGCAGCGUCGGCUCGGCCGAGACGACCGACGUGAACGUGGACUCGGCCGACGACGACGACGAUUACGACGCGGCAGUCGUGGCGGCCGGAUGCAACGACAACAACAACGGUGGCGGCCGCCGCAGCAAGACGACGUCGCCGGGCGCGCAAGAGGGCGGCGCGUGCAGCGAGGACGGCGACAAAGCGUCGGCCGCCGGCAACGGGUCGCCCGUCAAGCCGCCGUACAGUUACAUAGCGCUGAUCACCAUGGCCAUACUGCAGUCGCCGCACAAGAAACUCACGCUCAGCGGCAUCUGCGAGUUUAUCAUGUCCCGGUUCCCGUACUACCGCGACAAGUUUCCGGCCUGGCAGAACUCCAUCCGGCACAACCUGUCCCUCAACGACUGCUUCAUCAAGAUACCCCGGGAACCGGGCAACCCGGGAAAGGGUAACUACUGGACGCUGGACCCGAUGGCCGAGGACAUGUUCGACAACGGCAGCUUUCUGCGCCGGCGUAAGCGAUACAAGCGCAUGCAGGCUCCCUCGGAAUUUUUCAUUCAUCGCGGCGACCACCACCACCAACACCAUCCGCACCAUCACCAUCACCACCCGCACCACAAUCAUUUCGCCGCCGCGGCCGCGGAUCCGUAUUCGGUGUUACACCACCACCAUCACUACCCUUACCAUCAUCUCGGACCGCCGCCGCUGCCGCCACAUCCUUCGCAGGGCCAGGCGCAGCCCCUGCAGGGAUCGCAGUCACAGCAACCUUCGCCGCAACCCCCGACCGGGUCCGCGCCCGCCAUGCAACCGUUACAGUUACCGGCCGCCGAGCUGGCGCGCAUAACGUUCGGUCUGAAUCUGCUGCACAACGGGCAGGUGGCCGCCGCCGCGGCGGCCGCUGCUGCAGCCGCGGCAUACAAACCGCAACAACUGUCGCAGCCUCCGCUGGUGACGCACCAGCACGGCAAUCUGAUACAGCCGUCGUACGCGACCACCGUAGUGGCCGGCGGCGGUCGGUUGGCGGUCAAACAGCCGUCCACCGGGUUCAGCAUCGACUCCAUAAUGGGCAAGCGGCCGUCGCCCGCACCGCCGGCCAACGUGUCGCCGGCCCGACACGGUGGCCGUCACCCGCUGCAGCAGCGCGAGCCGGACGACGACGACGACGACGACGACGACCGCAACGGCCACGAGCACCGCAGACGCCACGACGCCGCGGUCGCCUCGCCGCAGCCGCCGGUCAGGCCGAAUUUCGAUUCGGCGUUCACGCCGCUCCAGCAGACCACGUGGGCCAGGUGAUGAAGCGGCCGCCUCCGCAGUCGUGUGUCACUCGACGCAUGGCAUCAUAAUGUAUAAUUAUGUAUUGUAUUCUCCGCACAUUGUAUUAUACCGUUUCGUUAUGCGGAGGCAUUGGUGCCGACCCGAUCGCGGUACCAACAGCUCGUCAGAGCAUUAGAAAAUCGAAGAUUUAUAAAGCCGACAUGCAACGAAUUUCACUGAUGCAUAGCCAAUGUCGAUUUCUCAUCUAGUCCCAAUUUGUCCAACAACCCUUAUACAGACGUAUAAUAUAUACAAUACUUAUAUAAUAAACAUAUUAUACUUAUUUAUAUCUUACAAAUACGAUUUAGUAUAAUAUAGUAAUAAUAAUAAAAAUAA